AUGGUGGGUUUUGGACUUCGCUUGAAGACGCACUUCACUUGGCUUCCCAGAGUUGUGGAAUUGGUGUUCACAGUGCGAGAGUGGCGCAAUGUCAACCAUCAUGAAGCGCACGCCUUGAUGGGCUAUUUCAGCUCUCCCUUUCGGAGCGCUCUCGUGCUAUCCUACGAUGGGGGAGGCAAUGAUGGAGUCUUCAACGUCUUCUUGGCACAAGGCAUGGGCCUCUGUGGUCAAGAGCUCUGGCGCAUUGCGCGCAAGCCGUUGAACCUUGGAUACUUGGCAGAGCAAGGCGAGCAAGGCGUGGGCUACCACAGGCUUGCAAGCUACCUUCCACAGGUGACUGGUGCUUCGGAAAUUGGCAUUGCAGCCUGUGCCGCCUUGGAGAAGGUCUCAACUCUCAGCUGCAUUCUAAGAGCCUAUCCACAAAAGGUCUACGGGGAAGAUGCGGAGGGAGAUUGGAUCAACUUGAAAUAUAACUUCGGGGACUCCCUGGCCUUGACCUUUGCCGGGAAGCUCAUGGGAUACUCGGGCCUGGCGCAACCAUCUGAGGAGGCUGGCUGUGUCAGCUUUGGGAGAACUCAUGGCAGCGGGAUUUUAGCUGACCAGGUGCCUCGUGCGAUGCUGGAGAAGAUUUGUGAGUCGGAGUUCGGGUGUCAGACAGCCGUCCCAAGCAUUCCAGCAAGUUGCUUGACACAUCAGAACUGCAAGGUGAUGACGGAGUACCUGGAUGAAUUGGUCCGAAACAAGAUCAGUGUGGAAGGUAUUGUGAUAACAGGAGGCUGUGCGCUGAAUGUUAUUGUGAAUCAGCUCAUACGCGACACGUUGACGGAAGCGACGUCGGAACAGCCAAAUCUCAGCAAGCCCCAAGAAGUCUAUGUUCCGCCGGCUCCCAACGACUCGGGGCUCACGGUCGGAGGCAUCUGGUCUGUGUCACCGCCCACAGGCGCAAGGCAGAAGCUCCAGUACUUGGGCUUCCGGCUUUGGGAUGUCGAGGCCUUGGAUGCGACUGCGCAUGAGCGCGGGGCAAGGCGCCUCUCUGAACUUGGUGGUGUGGAUUUUCUGGCCCAGCUUCUCGCAGAUCCAGAGGGCAAAAGGCCAAUCCUGGCGGUUGUGCGAGGACGCCAGGAGUUUGGGCCGCGGGCCCUUGGACACCGGUCUUUACUUGCGGUCCCCGAUUCGAGAAAGCUGCGCGACCGCAUGAACCGUCUCAAGUUCCGGCAGUGGUACAGGCCUGUCGCACCAAUGAUUGCCGAGGAGGCGCUGGAAGAAGUCUUCGGACACAGGUACUUGUCACCAUCCAUGGAAUUCGCUCCCAAAGUAAGAGAAGAGGUGUUGGAACGUUUCCCCGCGCUGGCACACUUCGAUGGCACUGCGCGGCAUCAGUCGGUGAGUAGAGGGGACGAGCCCUGGGUUCUUGUAGCCGCAUUAGCAAGGCGUUCUUGA